AUGCAUAGAGGGAUCGCCAGGACUGCAGCCAGGGCUCUGUGGGCCGGCAGCCGCGGCCCCGGAGGCCGAGCGCUUGCCCAGGGCAGCAGCAGCAUAUUUUCGCGUGUACGUGCAUCUGGGGCACCCCUUCUCUCCGCUCUGCUGAGCCGGCGGCACGCAAGCAGCGUGCAGGGGGACAUUGUCGGCAUUGAUCUGGGGACGACGAACAGUUGCGUGGCAGUGAUGGAAGGAUCUUCGCCGAAGGUGUUGGAAAAUGCAGAAGGAGCGAGGACAACACCAUCAGUAGUUGCCUUUUCUAGAGACGGAGAGAGACUCGUAGGCGUGCUAGCUAAGAGACAGGCGGUAACAAACCCUGAGAACACGUUCUUUAGCACGAAACGUCUCAUCGGCCGUUCCUUCCAAGAAGAAGCCAUUUCCAAGGAACGACAAAUCCUACCUUACAAGAUCAUCAAAGCCGACAACGGAGACGCGUGGGUAGAGGCCUGGGGCAAGAAGUAUUCCCCCUCCCAGAUAGGUGCAUUUGUGCUGAUGAAGAUGAAGGAAACAGCAGAGGCCUACUUGGGAAGGAAUGUAAACAAAGCAGUUAUUACUGUUCCCGCCUACUUCAAUGACUCGCAGAGGCAGGCAACAAAGGAUGCCGGCAGAAUCGCGGGAUUGGAGGUCCUGAGAAUUAUUAAUGAGCCCACCGCUGCGGCCUUGGCCUACGGAAUGGAGAAAGAAGACGGAAAGACAAUUGCAGUGUACGAUUUGGGGGGUGGCACUUUCGACGUCUCGAUUCUGGAGAUCUUGGGAGGGGUAUUCGAGGUGAAGGCGACCAACGGCAAUACCAGUUUGGGAGGAGAGGACUUUGACCAGAAGGUGCUGCAGUAUUUGGUCUCGGAAUUUCAGAAGAAAGAGGGCAUUGAUCUUAGCAGCGACAGGCUUGCGUUGCAGCGCCUAAGAGAAGCCGCAGAAACGGCAAAGAUCGAGCUAUCUUCCAAGCUGUCGACGGAAGUCAGCUUGCCCUUCAUCACCGCAGACAGCAACGGACCCAAACACUUGCAGGUACACCUAAGCAGGGCACAGCUGGAGCAGCUGGUGCAGCCGCUGCUGCAGCAGAGUGUGGAACCCUGUGAGAAAUGCAUUAGAGACGCAGGAGUAACAAAAGGGGACAUUAGCGACGUAAUCCUCGUGGGGGGCAUGACCAGGAUGCCAAAGGUGGGAGAGGUGGUGAGGUCGAUUUUCAACAGAGAGCCUUCCAAGGGAGUGAACCCAGACGAAGCCGUUGCUGCGGGAGCUGCCAUUCAAGCGGGGGUGCUUAAAGGAGAAAUCAAGGACCUCUUACUGCUUGACGUCUGCCCACUUUCCCUCGGAAUCGAGACGCUCGGAGGUGUCUUCACUCGCCUCAUCAACCGCAACACCACCAUCCCCACAAAGAAAAGCCAAGUCUUCUCGACAGCAGCAGACAAUCAAACACAGGCACGCAACAACUUCAACUCCCCAGACGCAUCCUCCUCUACAUCACCGUCGAAUUUUAUCCCCAAUGAUCUUGCCUUUGCUGUUGCCGAGCAUCUUGUUUUUCGUUACUUCUAG